UUUUAAAGCGCGCGGAGCAUUUCUGUGUGACUCCACGGCGUCGCGACGCGCCGUUUGGAAACGUUUUUGUCGAGUGCGUCUUUCUCCUCAAUCCACCUGCCUGCGCGCGUCGGGGAACAGGAAGCCCAUGGAGGGAUGUCGCGAUGCUGUGCACAAGGAGAACUAAAACUUUGGUGUCGACAUGUGUGAUCCUGAGCGGCAUGACCAACAUCGUGUGUCUGCUGUACGUCGGCUGGAUCACCAACUAUGUGGCCAACAACGGGGGCUCCAAAGUUGCGGAGAGCGGCGGGGAGGCCGACAGAAACUUAGAGGAGGACAGUAAAGGGGAAACGCUGAGGAUUAUCGAGAGGCUGGACCGGCUGGAGAGCGUCGUCAACGAGCACAUCAAAGAGACCCCUCAGAAGGACAGCGAAGACGCUGCAUCCUCGGACUCCGCUUCAGACGCCGCCUCCUCACUCUUCGACCACUGGGGUCACGACCUAGGCCCUGAGAGUCGAAGGGUCGCCCUCAGGAAGUUCCGUUACUAUGGCUACAAUGGCUACCUUAGCGACCGGAUCUCCCUCACCCGGCCGAUCCCAGAUUUACGACCGGACGGCUGCAGAAACAUGUCAUAUUCAUCAGAUCUUCCUCAGCUCAGUGUCAUCUUCAUCUUCGUCAACGAGGCCUUGUCGGUGCUGCUGCGCUCCGUCCACACAGCAAUCCAGAGGACUCCGUCACACCUGCUCAAAGAGAUCAUCCUCGUAGACGACCACAGCAACAGCCUGGAGCUGAAAGAGCACCUGCAGAGCUUUGUGGACGAGACCAACGCUCAGCACGGCCCAGGAUUCAUCAAGGUGGUCCGUCACGACAAGCAGGAAGGACUGAUCAGGUCCAGGGUCAGCGGGUGGAGGGCCGCCUCCGCUCCCGUCGUCGCUCUGUUUGAUGCACAUGUGGAGUUCAACACUGGAUGGGCCGAACCCAUUCUGCAGAGAAUAAAGGAGGACCGGACCCGGGUGGUGUCUCCAUCCUUUGACAACAUCAAGUACGACAGCUUUGAGAUCGAGGAGUACCCGCUGUCUGCUCAGGGCUUCGACUGGGAGCUGUGGUGUCGAUACCUCAACCCACCAAAGUCCUGGUGGACACAACGCAACCAAACGGCCCCCAUCAGGAGCCCUGCUCUGAUUGGCUGCUUUGUGGUCGACAGGAAGUACUUUGAGGAGAUUGGACUGUUGGAUGAAGGCAUGGAAAUUUACGGUGGAGAAAACGUGGAGCUCGGCAUCAGGGUGUGGCAGUGUGGCGGCAGCGUGGAGGUCCUGCCCUGUUCGAGGAUUGCACACAUCGAGCGUGCCCACAAACCCUACACAGAGAACCUGACAGCCCACGUGCGCCGUAACGCUCUGAGGGUGGCUGAGGUCUGGAUGGACCAGUACAAGAGUCACGUCUACAUGGCCUGGAAUGUUCCACUGCAGAAGUCAGGAAUAGACAUUGGGGACAUCUCUGAGAGAAAAGCCCUGCGCUCCAGACUCAAGUGCCGACCGUUCAGCUGGUUCCUCUCCAACAUCUACCCCGAGCUCCGGUCCUACAGCAACACCGUCGCUUACGGAGUGUUGAAGAACAGUCUAAGAGACAACCUGUGUUUGGACCAAGGACCUGACAACGACAACAUCCCCAUCAUGUACCUCUGUCAUGGUAUGACGCCGCAGAAUGUCUACUACACCAGCUCACAGCAGCUCCACCUGGGAGUGCUGAGUCCGACCAUCGACGAUGACGACAACAAGUGUCUGGUGGAUGUGAACAGCAGACCCAGGCUGCUGGAGUGCAGCUACGCAGCAACCAAACACAUGAAGCUCACCUGGACGUUCACUCAGGGUGGCUCCAUCCAGAACAUGGAGUCUCAGCGUUGUCUGGAGCUGGUGGAGAGCAGACAGUCAGAGUUCAGCUACCAGCUGGUCAUUCAGGACUGCACAGAUCAGAAAUGGACCAUCACUAACAUACUGACUGUCCUGCCACAGUGAACACUGACACCAGGCAGCUACUGGAACACCCUGGUUGUGAUGGACUAAUCGAGUAAGUAAGGGGAGAGCUCGAGCGAGUAACUCCCUGAUGACCCAGAUCCACCAUCACAGAGUUCAGGUGGAUUUAAAAAAAAAAAACAAAUAGAGUCCAAUCAGAAUUGGG